AUGGCGUCGAUGUUUGAGCAGACCGGAAACGGCCACCUUUUCCUCGGUGGCCAGAAGAUCUCUGGUCAGGACAUUAGGGAACAGAAUGUUCUUGCGACACAGGCCAUCGCCAAUGUGGUCAAGAGCUCUUUCGGCCCCAGCGGUCUCGACAAGAUGAUGGUCGACGAUAUCGGUGAUGUUACCGUAACAAAUGAUGGCGCCACUAUUCUCAGCCUCCUCGACGUCGAGCACCCCGCCGGCAAGAUCCUAGUCGACCUCGCCCACCAGCAAGACAAGGAGGUCGGUGAUGGCACCACGUCUGUCGUCCUGAUCGCCGCCGAGCUUCUGCGCAGAGCCAAUGAACUGAUGAAGAAUCGGAUACACCCGACUACGAUCAUCACCGGUUACCGUCUUGCCCUUCGCGAGGCCGUCAAGUACAUGAACGAGAAUGUCAGCAUCAAGGUGGACAACCUUGGCCGCGAGUCCUUGCUCAGCAUUGCCAAGACAUCCAUGUCGAGUAAGGUCAUCGGCUCGGACUGGGAGUUUUUCUCCAACAUGGUUGUCGAUGCCAUGCUCGCUGUCGAGUCCAAGAACAACCGAGGGGAGGUCAAGUACCCCGUCAAGGCUGUCAACAUUCUCAAGGCGCACGGCAAGGGUGCUCUCGAGUCCGUUCUCGUCAAGGGCUAUGCUCUCAACUGCACAGUGGCCUCGCAAGCUAUGGUCACCACUGUACGAAAUGCCAAGAUCGCUUGUCUGGAUAUCAACUUUCAGAAGGAGCGCAUGAAGCUUGGUGUUCAGAUCACCGUCGAUGACCCGCAACAGCUUGAGCAGAUCCGGCAAAGAGAGUCCGGCAUGGUCAUUGAGCGCAUCGAAAUGAUUCUCAAGGCCGGUGCCAACGUCAUUCUCACUACCAAGGGCAUCGAUGACAUGUGCCUGAAGCUGUUCGUCGAGCGCGGCGCCAUGGCCGUGCGCCGCUGCAAGAAGGAGGACCUUCGCCGCAUCGCUAAGGCGACCGGCGCGUCGUUCCUCAGCACCUUGUCUGACCUGAAUGGUGAUGAGCGCUUCGACGCUUCAUCCCUGGGUUAUGCUGAGGAGGUCUCCCAGGAGAGAAUCUCUGACGACGAGUGCAUUCUGGUCAAGGGCACCAAGGAGCACUCCUCUGCAUCGAUCCUGCUGCGUGGCGCCAAUGACUUCCAGCUGGAUGAAAUGGAACGGUCCGUUCACGACUCACUAUGCGCGGUGAAGCGCGUGCUCGAGAGCGGCAACGUCGUGCCUGGUGGCGGUGCCGUCGAAACUGCUCUGCACAUCUACCUGGAGGAGUUUGCGGGCACGGUCGGCUCGAGGGAGCAGCUUGCCAUUGGCGAGUUUGCCCAGUCUCUUCUUGUCAUUCCCAAGACGCUGGCUGUCAACGCCGCCAAGGAUGCGAGUGAGCUCGUGGCCCAGCUGCGGUCAAGACAUGCUCUGUCGCAGCGGACACAGGAAGGCGAAGGCAACGAGGACGAGAAGACGGUUGCUCGGAAGAAGGGGUACAAGAACUACGGCCUGGACUUGAUGAAGGGCAAGGUCGUGGACGAGAUCAAGGCGGGCGUGCUGGAGCCCAGCAUCAGCAAGAUCCGGCAGCUCAAGAGCGCGGUGGAGGCAUGCAUCAGCAUUAUGCGGAUUGAUACCCUGAUCAAGCUUGACCCUGAGGAGCGGGGUGAGCCGGACGACGGCCACGGUCACUAA